GUAUAACAAUUGGAAAAUUUAGACAUGUGGUCAUUUUUCUCACGGGACCCAACCAAGGACUUUCCUUAUGAGAUCGGUGAGCCCAAUCCUGACUUCGAAGGACAGAGUAUUUGGACACUGCACAAAGCGAAGAAGAAGGGUGCCACUGGAGGGGAAGAUGUAUCUGUGUUUGUUUUUGAAGUUAAAAAUGGUGGGGAACACCUGUUAGAUGUUGCACGUGGUGCAAUUAAACGACUUAAGACUUUAAGACACCCCAGCAUACUUGCUUAUCUAGAUAGCUUAGAGACGGAGAAGACGGUUUAUCUGGCAACUGAGAGAAUUGAACCAUUAUACAGUCGACUCUCUCGACUGACUGCAUUAGAAGAUGGGCUGCAAAGAGAUCUUUAUUUUUCUUGGGGAAUAUUUCAAAUCACUAGAGCUUUAAGCUUUUUAAAUAACGAUGGUAAUUUACGACAUAACAAUGUCAAUUUAUGGUCAGUGUUUGUUAAUGAAGAGAGUGGAGAAUGGAAAUUGGGUGGUGUUGAAUACAUGACUGCAGUAGAUAUUACAUAUACUCCAUUACCUCCAUCGCUUCAAAUUUAUUGUCCUCCGGAGGCUAAAGAAAAUGUCAAGCCUCCUACAAAGUGCUCAAUAGAUAUGUGGGGUCUUGGUUGCCUGAUUUGGGAGUCAUUUAAUAAACCAAUUGAUUCAGUAUCGAAUUUAAAAACUACUGACCAGCUCCCAAAACAAUUGGUGACAGUGUAUCGAGAACUAACCGGUGCAAAUGCUGAAGGAAGACCAAAUCCUGCCGAUGUUAUUGCACGUUGUCGCAGUAACGGAGGAUUUUUUAAAAAUGAUCUCGUUGAUGCUCUCCUCUUCUUAGAGGAAAUCCAAAUGAAGGAACGAGGAGAAAAAGGGCGGUUCUUCCAACAGCUUGCCAAUCAAUUAGAAAGCUUCCCAGAUGGUGUGGGCAGAUAUAAAAUUUUGCCACAAUUACUGGCAGCUUUUGAAUUUGGUGACGCUGGAAGUGCAGUUUUACCGCCACUCCUACAGUUAGGACGCCAACUACCCGAUGCAGAAUAUCAGAAACGAGUCGUGCCAUGUGUUGUCAAAUUAUUUGCUUCAAAUGACAGAGCUACGAGAUUGCGACUUCUACAACAAUUAGACCGAUUCGUAAAUCACCUGCAGCCAGCCACUGUUAAUGAAGCUAUUUUUCCACAGGUAGCACGAGGUUUCCUGGAUACAAAUCCAGCUGUCCGAGAGCAGACAAUAAAGUCAAUCAUACAUUUAGCGCCGAAGCUGGAUUAUAAUAAUCUUAAUGUUGAGACAUUGAGGUAUUUCGCGAGACUGCAAUCUAAGGACGACCAGGGCGGCAUUCGAACGAAUACGACUGUAUGCCUUGGGAAAAUUGCUCAGCAUCUUCACCCACAAAUUAGACAAAAGGUACUAAUAGGGGCGUUUAUUCGCGGUACUCGGGAUCCAUUUCCACCAGCGCGCAGCGCAAGUGUUCUGGCUCUUGCUGCAACGCAACAGUACUUCCUAUUACAAGAAGUGGCAAAUCGUAUACUACCUGCUCUCUGUCCUUUAACUACUGAUGUAGAUAAAGGAGUUAGGGAUAAUGCUUUCCGUACCAUACGUGGGUUUCUAUCUAAGCUAGAAAGAGUAUCGGAAGAUCCAGGUCUUCGAGAAUCUAUGGAGGCGGAUGUGAACACUGCUACACCUAGCCUUAGUAAUGCCGCGGCAACCUGGGCUGGAUGGGCUGUAACAGCUGUGACAGCCAAAUUCUAUCGCAGCCAAUCGGAUACUCCAAAGUCAUCACAUCCUCACAAUGCGUCUAGAAUUAUACUUAGUAAACCAGCUUCCUUAGAACAAGCGAGCAGCUCACAAAGUAGUGCAAGUACAACUGCGACGACGAGUAGUGCGACAAGCAUGACUUCGUUGGACCAUGAUCACGAGCAUGAUAAUCAGAAUACUGGAAAUUCAAACUCUGAUUGCGACUGGGAUUGUUGGGAGGCUGACAAUUGGGGAGACAUGGAACAGCAACCACAAGUAUCCGGCAAUACAAUGGUGUCACCAACAACUAAUUCUCCCAAACCCCAUGAUCAAUGGACCAGUCUGGAGGAAGAACCGGAAGAGGAAAUCGCAGAUGGAAUACAAGAAAAAACUGAUGCACCUGAUGUAGGAUGGGAAGAUACAGAAUUUCAACCUCUUGAAGAUUUUCAACAAGAACAACCAGAAGAAGCUGAAUCGGGUAGCACAAGUGGAAUCAAUAAAUUCGAAGAGGCUCGAAGAAAGCGAGAAGAGCGAAAGUUGGCGCGACAAAGACAAUUGGAAGCAAAAAGAGCAGCAAAGCUAAGAACCGGUGCACCUGCUAAAAAGAUUUAAUUUGUGUAAUUAAAUAUCUUCUUGGUAAUUAAGCACGUAACUGUAAUUACUUACUGUAGUUAAGAAAGCAGAUUGACAAUUUUCACAUAUCCACAGUGCAAAGAACCAGAAUCAGUGUCAAUAUACUCAUUCCUUGGAUUCUGAUGAAA